CCCCGGGAGGCCUGGAGGAGGCCGGGUGGGCGUCCGUCGGUCCGUCCGUCCAUCGCCAUCAUGCCGGCCGUGUCCAAGGGAGACGGGAUGCGCGGCCUGGCCGUCUUCAUCUCCGACAUCCGCAACUGUAAAAGCAAGGAAGCCGAAAUCAAGAGGAUCAACAAGGAGCUGGCCAACAUCCGCUCCAAGUUCAAAGGGGACAAGGCCCUGGACGGCUACAGCAAAAAGAAGUACGUCUGCAAGUUGCUCUUCAUCUUCCUCCUCGGCCACGACAUCGACUUCGGCCACAUGGAGGCCGUCAACCUGCUCAGCUCCAACAAGUACACGGAGAAGCAGAUCGGCUACCUGUUCAUUUCGGUGCUGGUCAACUCGAACUCGGAGCUGAUCCGCCUGAUCAACAACGCCAUCAAGAACGACCUGGCCAGCCGCAACCCGACGUUCAUGUGCCUGGCCCUGCACUGUAUCGCCAACGUGGGCAGCCGCGAGAUGGGGGAGGCCUUCGCCUCGGAGAUCCCGCGCAUCCUGGUGGCGGGGGACACGAUGGACAGCGUGAAGCAGAGUGCCGCCCUGUGCCUGCUGCGCCUCUAUAAGACGUCGCCCGACCUGGUGCCCAUGGGGGAGUGGACAUCCCGCGUGGUCCAUCUGCUCAACGACCAGCACAUGGGCGUGGUGACCGCCGCCGUCAGCCUCAUCACCUGCCUUUGCAAGAAGAACCCAGACGACUUCAAGACCUGCAUCUCCCUGGCCGUGUCCCGGCUCAGCAGGAUCGUGUCCUCGGCCUCCACGGACCUGCAGGACUACACCUAUUAUUUCGUCCCGGCCCCCUGGCUGUCCGUCAAGCUCCUCCGCCUCCUCCAGUGUUACCCCCCACCAGAGGACGCCGCCGUGAAGGGCCGGCUGGCCGAGUGCCUGGAGUCCGUGCUCAACAAGGCCCAGGAGCCGCCCAAGUCCAAGAAGGUCCAGCAUUCGAACGCCAAGAACGCCACCCUCUUCGAGACCAUCAGCCUCAUCAUCCACUACGACAGCGAGCCCGGCCUCCUGGUGCGGGCCUGCAACCAGCUGGGCCAGUUCCUGCAGCACCGCGAGACCAACCUGCGCUACCUGGCCCUGGAGAGCAUGUGCACGCUGGCCAGCUCCGAGUUCUCCCACGAGGCCGUCAAGACCCACAUCGACACCGUCAUCAACGCCCUCAAGACGGAGCGGGACGUGAGCGUCCGGCAGCGGGCUGCCGACCUCUUGUACGCCAUGUGUGACCGGAGCAACUCGAAGCAGAUCGUGUCAGAGAUGCUGAGAUACCUAGAGACGGCGGACUACGCCAUCCGCGAGGAAAUUGUGCUGAAGGUGGCCAUCCUGGCGGAGAAGUACGCGGUGGACUACAGCUGGUACGUGGACACCAUCCUGAACCUGAUCCGCAUCGCCGGGGACUACGUUAGUGAGGAGGUGUGGUACCGCGUCAUCCAGAUCGUCAUCAACCGCGACGACGUCCAGGGCUACGCCGCCAAGACCGUCUUCGAGGCCCUGCAAGCCCCCGCCUGCCACGAGAACAUGGUCAAAGUCGGCGGCUACAUCCUGGGCGAGUUUGGAAACCUGAUCGCUGGAGACCCCCGCUCCAGCCCCCUGGUCCAGUUUUCCCUGCUCCACUCCAAGUUCCACCUGUGCAGCGUGGCCACCCGGGCCCUGCUCCUGUCCACCUACAUCAAGUUCAUCAACCUGUUCCCCGAGACCAAGGCCACCAUCCAGGCGGUGCUGCGGGCCGGCUCCCAGCUGCGCAACGCCGACGUGGAGCUCCAGCAGCGCGCCGUCGAGUACCUGAAGCUCAGCUCCGUCGCCAGCACCGACGUCCUGGCGACGGUGCUGGAGGAGAUGCCCCCCUUCCCUGAGCGGGAGUCGUCCAUCUUGGCCAAGCUGAAGAGGAAGAAGGGCCCCGGGGCCGUGGGGGCGGUCGACGACGGGCGCAGGGAGCCGGGGAGCGGGUCCGAGCUCAACGGCAGCGUGGAGCACCCCCACAGCGCCGUGUCCACCCCAUCCCCGUCUGCGGACCUCCUGGGGCUGCGGGCCGCCCCCAGCCUUUCGCCCGCCCCGGCCGGCGCCGGCUCCCUCCUGGUGGACGUCUUCUCGGACAGCCCCGCCCCUCCGGCCGCCCUAGAAGACAGCUUUCUCAGGGACUUGGAGCCGCCCGCCCCUGAGAGCCCCGGGGCUGGGGCUGCUGAUUCUGGCCCCGAGGACCCCGGAGUCCCCAUCCCCGAGGCCGACGAACUGCUCAACAAGUUCGUUUGCAAGAACAACGGUGUCCUCUUUGAGAACCAGCUGCUGCAGAUCGGGGUCAAGUCAGAAUUUCGGCAAAACCUGGGCCGCAUGUACCUGUUCUACGGGAACAAGACGUCCGUUCAGUUCCAGAACUUCAGCCCUACGGUCGCCCACCCCGGGGACUCUCAGACUCAGCUGGCCGUGCAGACCAAACAGGUGGCGGGGCAGGUGGACGGGGGCGCCCAGGUCCAGCAGGUACUCAACAUCGAGUGUCUCCGAGACUUCACCACCCCCCCGCUGCUGGCCCUGCGCUUCCGAUACGGGGGCGUUCCGCAGUCCGUGACGCUCAAGCUGCCGGUCACCGUCAACAAGUUCUUCCAGCCGACAGAAAUGGCCGCCCAGGACUUCUUCCAGCGCUGGAAGCAGCUCCGCCUCCCCCAGCAGGAAGCCCAGAAAAUCUUCAGGGCCAACCAGCCGAUGGAUCCCGAAGUGACCAAGGCCAAGCUGUUGGGCUUCGGUUCCGCCCUCCUGGCCAACGUGGAUCCCAACCCGGAGAACUUCGUGGGGGCCGGCAUCAUCCAGACCAAGGCGCUGCAGAUCGGCUGCCUCCUCCGGCUGGAGCCCAACGCCCAGGCCCAGAUGUACCGCCUCACCCUGCGCACCAGCAAGGAGAGCGUCUCCCGGCAUCUGUGCCAACUGCUCUCCGAGCAGUUCUGAGCCCGAGGGCCCCCGCCCCCCCACUUCGGAGCGAGCGGCCGGG